AUUCAUAUAUUAAAGUGUUGAAUAGCAUUUCCGAUCUCUCCUCAGGCAGUCACACUGUUUUAUUUAUUGUUGAUAAUGUAUAUAUGGUUUAUUAAAUAUGUUUAAGUUAGUUUUUAAACAAUACAAGACCAAAAGUAGUACUCCCGAUUUAAGGGAUGUGAUAAAUUUUGAUGAUUUUGAAAUUACGCAGAAUGAUCUACGACAAAAUGAUAAUAAUGUUCAACGAUUAAGUAUCAUCAAUGAAAAACCAAUUCAAAUGAUACCAGGGAUAAAAUCACCAAAUGAUUGGCGAUCCUAUAAAUUAACUCAUCAUCCCGGCAUUGUUAUUAUCAGAAACCCCUUUACAGAGCGUGGUCGGCGUUAUUGGAUUGCUCGAUGUCUAAGGGAUUACCCCCGAACACCAAACGUCGUUAAUUUGAAUGAAAGACUUUUUAAUGAUUCUGUUAGAUCGGACUGGUGGAAACAGCUUAAUCUGUGCAGCGAUAAGGACGAAUUCCAACGCAUAAAAACAGCUAUGCGUUGGACAACAUUUGGAUAUCAUCACAACUGGGACACAAAGCUCUACGAUGAGCAAAUGAAAUCCUCGUUUCCGGAAGAUUUAAGCAGUCUUUGUCGAUUAUUUGCGUUUACUUUGGGUUACAGUGAUUUUAAGCCCGAAGCUGCUAUUGUAAAUUACUACCCAGUUGGUAGUACUUUAUCAGGUCACGUCGACCACUCUGAACCUAAUAAAACGGCCCCAUUGUUUUCAUUUAGUUUUGGACAGACUGCCAUUUUUCUUAUUGGUGGAACGACUUUGGAGGAAAAACCAACUGCCAUAUACCUUCAGAGUGGAGACGUUAUGAUAAUGUCUGGGGAAUCGCGUCUGUGUUAUCACGCAGUUCCUCGUAUUAUUAAAACUCAGAGAGAUUCAACUUCUAUGCUGGCAUCUGAACAGGAUGAUGACUCAGAAAUUGAAUUAAAACUAUUGGAUACGGCUUUAUUUAAGAAUGUAUGCGAACCCACAUUUUGGGAACCAUUUUCUAAUUAUGUUGAUGAUUCGCGUAUUAAUAUUAAUGUACGUCAAGUGUUGAAUCUAGGGGAUUUUAAGUUAUAGAUAUACUGCUCAUCAGUUUUUGGUAUUUUAAACCGAAAACCGGCUUAUUUUAAGAAUUUGUAAUUACAGCGAUUAUUUAUCAAUUUUAAAAAAUAUAUGUGCAUAUUUUUUUUUAGAAAAGUUUCCUUCUACAGCCCUGCAUAUUUUGUACACCCACCAAUUAACACUAAUUUCCAUCGAUAAGGAAUAUGACAUUUGUGUACUUUUUGUUGUAUUGUGAUGCAAAUAAAACGCCUAAGAAGAAAAUAUGUAGGAC